AUGCUGUGCUGUCUCAAUAGCCCCAGCGCCCCUCCCAAUUCCGCCAUGCAAGCGAACAAAUGGCCCGGAAACAAUGCGUGCGCAUACGAAACAUUUGCAAUGUCAGCAGCAGCACCGCGACCCAACACCCCCAUCCUAUGUAACGCAGCCGCCGCAGCCCACAGCCAUGUACAAGCCCGCAUUCUGUGCGCCCAAGUGACAAUGUAUGCGGCAGAUGUCCAACUAAUCUCGGCUCCCUUGUUUGCAUACCUGGCUCUUUUUCCAUGA